GGUAGAGGAAAGAGCGGACGCCACCAAGUCAGGCCGGAGCUGCUGCCGUCGCCAUGACCCGCGGUAAUCAGCGUGAGCUUGCCCGCCAGAAGAACAUGAAAAAGCAAAGCGACUCAGGCAAGGGAAAACGCCGGGAUGACGGGCUCUCUGCCGCUGCCCGAAAGCAGAGGGACUCGGAGAUCAUGCAACAGAAGCAGAAAAAGGCCAAUGAGAAGAAGGAAGAGCCCAAGUAACUCUAUGGCUCAUGCCCAUCUCUCUUGCCGGUCGACCGUGUGCCUGGAGCCAGUCCCGUCACGCUCUCGCCUCCUCCUGUAGCGCUCACAGGUCCCAGAACUGAUGGCAUUCCCUUCGCCCUGUGUCUGCAGUGGGUUCCCUCU